UAGUCGAGCAACGCCAUGAAUCGUCGAACGUCGAGCAAAGCGCGACUCUUACUCCUUCUCGCCUUGCUUCUGAACGCCACCUUCUCGACUCUCGAAACACCAAACAUAACUCGAAACGAGGGACGUGCGACUCCUGUCCACGAGUCGCUCGAGAAAUCCUCCUCCUCCUCCUCUUCCUCCUCUUCGGUGGAAAUGGAGGAGGAUCGACUCCUUUCGGAAAAUUCCAUCACAACGACGAUGGAAACGUAUCGAAAAUUACCCGUCAACGAGAAGAACGUCACCAAGGAAGAAUUUCGACCGAGCUUUCAUCUGGGCGAGAUCAAAGAGUCGAGAAUCGACAACCCCUUCAACGCUCCACGCCACUUCAAUAUGGACGAUGGAGGGGCGACGAGGGACGAAUCGUACGACGAGCGAUCGAAGCGCCUCCAAGUGGUUCGGUCGAAACACCGGCGAAAAUUUACACCACGANCCGUUGGAUCGUUGGGAGAGGAGGGGAGGAGCGACGGAGCGCGAAAGGAUCGCCACACGUUCCAUCAACGGUUGCCCAGCAGGGAGGAAGACGGGGCCACGCAAUCGUUCGAGCCGCAGGAUCAACAGAUUUUCGAGCACGGGGUGGCGAGUUACGUUUGGGGGAAACCGUCCAAGUUUCAGGGCGACUCGUUGAAACCAGAGAUCGCGAUCCACUCGAACGACCCGUUCCUCCAUUCGACGGUGUUUCACGAUCGUCCGAUUCAGCAAUCGAGCUCGUACGAUUUUCAGAAGCCGAGCGACGGAUUGGUUUACGUCCAAGAAUCCUCGUUCACCAGGACCAAAAAAUUUCCUUACGGUUCGAUUUAUCAGCCGCACGUCGGAUAUCAACAACAGAUCGAAGUCGUCAACGAUUUGCGUCCAUCUUAUCCCGUUAAGAAAAGGGGAUCACCCUGGACGAAGAUCCUCCACUUGAUCGGCACGAUUCUGCCGCUGGGCCUGCUCAUAGCCGCCCUCACACCGAACGUGGUCAAGGUUGACAACGCUACCCAGCCCCCCGAUUGCGAGGAGAGAUCCGUCUGCCGCGCGAUCCUCGCCGGCGGUGACGCCGGAUCGACCGUGUUGCAGAAUAUCUUGUGGAAUUUGGCGACGAGAACAUCGACCGCAACGGCGAAGAAGAGCGGUCUUCACGAAGUUUUCAAGGCGGUGAAAAAGAGGGAUUGUGCCAACGUUCCCUGCCAAUCUCCCCUCUGAUCUUGAAUCAAGAAAAAAAAAAAUGGCGGCAGACGACCGUAACAGUGUUAAAUACACGGAUGUGAGCAAUUUCCCCUGGUGAAAAAUUGAAGCCAACUGCUACAUUAACAACGUUCAACUUUCUCCAAACGAUAGGAUAAUAAUAAA